AUGGCGAUGGCGGCGGCGGCGGCGGCGGGAGCGGCGAUCGUCAGGGGGCGCAAGGGCCCCCCGCGGUUUUGGGGCGCCCCGGGGCGCUCCUGGCAGCCCUUGGCCGCCGCCUUUUCCUCCCGGCCUGGCGGAGCCCCCGGGGGCUCGGGGCCCCCUCCGAUCCAAGCUGCACCCCUCGCAGACAACCUGCUCUGCCAGAUGGACCAGCGGGACACCUGGGACCGCUUCUACGCCGCCAAGGGAGACGGGGCGGCCGGGCCCCGCCAUUUCGAGUGGUUCUUCGGCUACCGAGAGAUCGCCGGGCUCUUGCUGACUCACCUCCAGGGCCUGCCCCCCGGCCCGGCCCGGGUGCUGGACGUCGGCUGCGGCACCUCCGGCUUGGGCCUGGGGCUGCUCCGCGACUGCCCCCGCCGGCUGCGCGUCUCGUGCCUGGACUUCUCGCCGCCGGCCGUCGCCACGCUGCGGCGGCUCCUGCGGGAGAGCCCCCCGCCCCGGCACCCCCUCUCCCGGCUGCGGUGCCACGUGGCCGACGCCACCCGCCUGGCGGGCGCCUUCCCCCCGCGGUCCUUCCACCUGGUCCUGGACAAGGGGACCUGCGACGCGCUGCUGCGCGGCCCCCGGGGGCCGGGCCGGGCCGGGGGCCUGGUGGCGGCCUGCCUGGCCCUGCUGAGGCCCGAAGGCCGCCUGCUGCAGUUCUCCGACGAGGACCCGGACGCCCGGGCGCCCUUCCUGGAGCGGGCGGGGGGGGUGCCCGUCGCCGUGCAGGAGGUGGGCUGCUUCGGCGGCAUCCGGUACUACGCCUACAUCCUCGGCCCGCGAGCCCCGGACCCGCCGGCCGUUUGUGGGGCCGACGGGUAGAAGAGGGGUGCGGAACGGAGCCGCACUCGGAUGCCGCCCAGACGUGCUGGACCGCCCCCCAUCACCCCCAGUCGGUGUCCCCGCUUCUCCCUCCAGCACCCCUGAAAGAGUGGGGCAGGGACAAGCUAGAGGAUGGCUCCUGUGCCCGUAACUCGCCGGGAAGGCCGGCUUAAGCGGGGCCCGGCUAGGGGAAGGCCGGUGGGGUGGCGUCACCGGGGCAGAGGAGGACCACGCGGCCCCAGAGGGGCAGAUGCCGCGGUGAGAUCCACACGCAGCUCCUGCCGCCGGGUAAAUGCUGCCAAAAUUCCCCAAGAAGGGGCAGGGGAAAGCGGCUUUUGUGCCAGGGAAAUGGCUGUGCCGGUUAAAUUCACAGCUCGUCUUGUCGCCGGACGGACUUGCACCGGUCGUGAGGAGGACCGAGAGCCCUGGGAGCCGGGAAAAAGUUGGCAUGAGGGUAGCCAUGGCGGGCACCUCUCGGGGACCCCCUGCCCAGAACUGUGCCCCCUUCCAUAUUUAAAUCUGCCCGUUCACCUCCGGACGCGACGGUGGAGCCGAGCGCCUGCCCGCUGCCCGUUUGCUCCUGGCUCUCCGAUGGCCGAGAAAGCAAAGCAGGGCUGCGAUGAGACAGAGGAACAACAAAGGCAAAUGCAUCACCACGCUUAAAUGAACUCUCCGGGGAGCAGGUUUUCUUGACCCCCCCCCCAAAACCUGCACCCUGCUUUGUCACGGAGCUUGUGCCCCAGCUAGAGUAAACUCUAUCCUACACCUCUUCUGGCUUGGUGGCGCGUUUGUGAUCUCUUCACAGUCUUAAGGACUAGAAACUUGUUUUGGUGUUAUUUCUCAUGGAAGCUUAAGUGCCCGUCACACUGCAGUGUACCCAUGCGCAUGCACCCAAGCGUGAAGCCGUGCCACCGAAAGAAAUAGUACGCCACCAAAGGAGCCGUCUCCCCGCAGAAGAAUCACAUUGGGUGCACAGUGAAAGCUUUUUAUUCCUGAGUUGUGGACAAGGUUUUGUGAACGCCGAGCUAAUAUUCUGCUAAAAAAUAGGUGCCAUUUAGCGUGA